AUGGAUGUACAAAAUGUAAAUAGGGGAAAUGUCUUGAAUGUGCAACACCAGGAUGGUAUAUUGAUAAUACUAUAAAGAAUAAUGUGGUGAUUAUAUGACAGUUGGAUGAGAAUUACGUAAUUCUCAAUAUAUUUUACCAUAUAAAGGAUGUUAAAAUUGUUAAGCAAAAUGAUGAUCAUCAUGUUUAUAAUGUGAUACUAUAACUUCAUUGGAAUGUUUACUUUGUGAAACUGGUUAUAUUUUAAUUGAUCAUUUAUGCUACUCUAUUUCUCGAGAUGAAAUAAUUACAAUUGAAGAAGAUUGUGAUGAUGCAAAUCUAAUAUAUGGAGAAGGAUGUCAUUUCUGCUAAUUUAGUUGUUUAGAUUCCUGUUUAUUAUGUAUCUAAGGUUAUUGUCAUGAAUAUUAAGAUCAACACUUACUUUUAUUAUAAAUAGCUUAAAUUAUAUUACGAUAUUAAUUGCAUUCAUAUUAACAUUUAUUAAUUGCUAUUUAGGUGGUCAAGAUUUUACUAAAUUUUUUAAUUUUAAAAAGAGUUCACAAAUAACUCGAAUAAUUCUAUGGACAACUUUAUAUCUGAGAAUAAAUUACAAAACCAAGAUUUAGUCAAAAACUGUUUUUUUAACCAAAUUACUUAUUCCAAUAUAUGA